AUGGCGCACGUCGUCGGAUCCGAUCGCCGCGACGACAGUCGUCGAUUCGCCUCUGCGAUUCAUUUACGAGCUGUGCUGGACGGUGGUGAGUGCUGGACGGUGGUGCACGGCGACCUGCCACCCGCGCGGAUCCCAGCCGCGCUGCAGUCCGCAGGCCUUCCCCUUCCGCCCUCUGCCUCCCUCGACGCGGGCGCAGGAACUGCCGCGGACCAGCGUGCGGCGGAUGAGCAGUCCCCGCCUGCCCCAGAUGUGCCCUCCCUCCUGGCCGACACUGUGGCUCAGCUGGCGUUCGAGACCAAGUGGCUGGCGUCCAAUGGGGAGGAGCUGCUGUGGGAGGCGGAGCUGAUCAAGAUGGAGCCCUCGGAGCUCAAGAAGAAAUGUGUGCGAGUGAACACACGGCUUGUGUACACACAGACCAAGUUCAACCUGCUCCGAGAGGACUCCGAGGGAUAUGCAAAACUGAUCACCAUACUGAGUCAGAAGGGCCCUCUAGGACUCAACUCACGAUCAGCCAGUGCUGUGGUGGAUGCUGUAAAGUCUCUCAUCGGCCUCUUUGACCUGGACCCGAACCGGGUGUUUGACAUUGUGCUCGACUGCUACGAGAUGCAGCCCACCAACUCUGCCUUCCUCCACCUCGUCAAGCUCUUCCCUGAGUCGCACGCGCCUCAGAUCCUGGGGUUCAAGGUCAGCCACUACCACCGCCUCACUGCCACUGCUGCCGCCGCUGCUGCUGCUGCUGCUGCUGCUGCUGCUGCAGGAAGCAAAGGGGGGAAGGAGGGCGGGGGGAACAGCAAGGGAGAGGGUGCAGGGGGGGAGAAAGGAAGUGCAGUAAAAGCGGGGGCAGGGGGAGCAGGUGGUGAUGGCGAGGGAGGAGAGAAGGGGGAGGGUGGCAGUGGGGCGGAGGGGCGGAUACCAGACAGCCUGUUUGUGUUGGCAGCUAACUGCCUCAAGAGCAACGUGGUGCAGCUCGCUGCCUUGUACCCGUUCUUGGACCCGCCAGACGAGGAGGCAGAGGCACGCAGCAAGGAGAUGAACGCACAGAGAAUAGCGGAUGUGAACCGCAUAGGAAAGAUCAACCUAGCAGCGACGGGGCGGGACCUGACAGACGACCCGCAGCCAGCAGACGUGACGAUCGACCUGUACGGGGCGGUGGACGGGCAGGAGAGCGCUGCUGCCAAGGAGUGGGGCGAGGCGGAGGGCAACGAUAAGAUGCGCCUGCUCAAGGCGCUGCUGCUGGUGGAUGACUGGCCCCAUGCGCGGCAGCUGCUGGAGCACCUGAGGCUGCUGCACCCCGUCGCCCACCCGCCCAUCUGCACCGCGCUCUGCUCGUAUGUCUCCACCGCCCCCGUGCCCUGUGCGCUCAUGUGUGACACCAUUCUGCUGCAGAAGCUGUGCAAGGUGCUCAAGGCGGACCUCCUCCAAGCCCGUGCCGCCGCUGCAACUGCUGCCGCCGCUGCCGCCACAGCCGCUGCAUCAGCUGCCUCCUCCGCUCCUGCAACUCACUGUAACGGCCUUUCUCUUGCCGUGCUCACACCACCACCUGCAGCAGCAGCCAACGGCCCCAUUUCUGCUGAACCCGGCUCUUCGCUCGCUUCCCCUGACACCGCUGCUGCUGCUACUACUGCAACACCAGCAGCAGCAGCAGCAGCCGCUGCAGCAGAGGCAGCAGCAGCGGCAGCAAGGGAGGUGGAGGGGGGGGUGGUGGAAGCACUAGAGGCGUCGCUGCUGCCGGCGCUGCAGGCGGUGGUGGCGAGUCCGCCGGUGUGCAUGCAGCUGUGGGAGGUGCUGGCCUGCCUGCCCUUCCAGGAGCGCUACCGGCUGUAUGGCGAGUGGGAGAAGGAGACCGAGACCAACCCUUUGGUUCUGGCUGCCCGGCAGAUUGCACGGGUGAGUCAGUCAGGGGGUGGAAAGGGUGCUGAGAAGUCCAGUAGCACUAGAUCCUCUGCUGGUGGCGAGUCCGCCGGUGUGCAUGCAGCUGUGGGAGGUGCUGGCCUGCCUGCCCUUCCAGGAGCGCUACCGGCUGUAUGGGGAGUGGGAGAAGGAGACCGAGACCAACCCUUUGUAGCACUAGAUCCUCUGCUGGUGGCGAGUCCGCCGGUGUGCAUGCAGCUGUGGGAGGUGCUGGCCGGCCUGCCCUUCCAGGAGCGCUACCGGCUGUACGGCGAGUGGGAGCGGGACAACGAGACCAACCCCCUGGUGCUUGCUGCCCGGCAGAUUGCCAGGCUGGACACGCGGAGAACACUGAAGCGGCUGGCGAAGGAGAAUCUGAAGCCAACGGGGCGCAUGGUGGCGAAGCUGGCUCACUCCAACCCGCUCACCGUGCUGAGGACCAUCGUGGUGCAGGUGGAGGCAUACAAGGAAAUGAUUCCGCCUGUCGUUGAUGCCUUCAAGUACUUCAACCAGUUGGAGUUUGACAUUCUCGAGUACGUGGUGAUAGAGCGACUGGCCCUGCCGCGCAGCACCAUCAAGGAGGACGGGCUCAACAUCGCCGACUGGCUGCAGUGCCUCGCCUCCUUCUGGGGCUCCGUCUGCAAGAAGUACCCUCUGGUGGAGCUGCGGGGGCUCUUAAGCUACUUAGUGAACCGGCUGCACCAAGGCGAGGCAGUGGAGCUGGUGUUGCUGCAGGAGCUGAUGGAGCAGAUGGCUGGCAUCGAGUCGAAUGAGAACCUCACGGAGGAGCAGCUCGAGGCGCUGGCUGGCGGGGAGACGCUCAGGCAGUUGACCGCCAGCUUUGGCCAGGCCAAGAACAACAAGGCCAUGGCGCGGUCCAUGGGGCGGCUCAAGGACGCGCUGCUGCCGGGCAAGGGCGAGCCGAAUCUCGCCGUGCCGCUGCUGGUGCUCAUUGCACGGCAACGAUCCAAGCCCAACCCUCUCUUCGUUCUAUCUCCCUUUCUCUCCCAGCCCCAAGCAUUCCGUUUUGAGGCAGAGCAAUCGCACAGUAGUCACGCUGCGGAGGGGUCGCACAUCAAGCUACUCAGCGAGCACUUCGACCGAUGCCACCUCAUCAUGCUACAGUACGCGCAGUUCCUCUCCGCCGCCCUCUCGCCGCCCACCUCGUACGCCGCCUUCAUGCCGACCCUGCACACUCUCUCGCAGCGCUUCCACAUGCCGCCCGAAGCCGCCUUCCUGUUCUACCGCCCUGUGUUGCGUCUCUUCAAGCCCUGCCCUGAUUCCCCCGUGUCCUGGCCUGCUCUCGCUGCUGCGAGUGGUGCGGGCGGGAGUGGUGGGGGUGGUGGGAGGGGAGGGGAGAAGGAGAAGAGGCAGCAGCAGCAGGGGGGGAGGAAGGGGGCAGGGGAUGGGGUGGCAAUGGAUGGGGUGGUGGAGGAUGGGGUGGAGGGGGAGGGGGAUGGGGAAUCAGAGGAGGACUUGCGCUACGAGGCCGAGAUGGCCAAGCAGAGGGCGCUGCUCAGGUCCCUGGAAGACAUUGGGGAUUCCUCAGGAUCAGCCAUCCAGAAGCGCAAGAAGGAGAAGGAGCGAGUGCAGGAGGUGUUGGAUCGGCUCUCAGCCGAGCUGGCUCGGCAGCAGGCUCGGGUCGAGGCUGUGCAGCGGCGGCUGGUUCGGGACCGCGCGCGCUGGCUGAGCCCGGCAGCCGUGCCGGACAGCUGGCGCAUCGUGCCGUGCUUCCUCCACCACUGCGUUAUCCCGCGCGUGCUCAUGAGCCCAGAGGACGCGGUUUACUGCGCCAAGUUUAUUCUACGCAUGCACGCGGCGGCCACACCCCAGUUCUGCACGUUUCAGAUGGUGGACGCCUUCGUGUGCAAGAGCUUCCACCCGCUGCUCGCCAGCUCCUCCGAGGCCGAGGCCGGCCGCCUGGGCCGGUUCGUGCUGGAGAUUCUGCAGGCCAUCUACCGGUGGAAGAGCGACGCAUCUGUGUACAGCGUGGAGUGUCUGGAGCACCCCGGGUCGUCCAAGAGUGUGAUGAAGAAGCCCAACAACAACAUGACGCUCGACCAGUUCCGCACGAUCAACUGGAAGUGGAACGCCAAGCUGGUGAAGGUGCUGUCAACGCUGCUCGAGUCAACCGAGUACAUGCACAUUCGCAACGCCCUCACGCUGCUCUCGCGCGUCUCUGCUGUCUUCCCCGUCACCAAGCGCGGCGGGCUUGUUCUCGAGCGCAAGGUGAAUCGUCUCAAGGCGGAGGAGCGGCAGGAUCUGAAGCUCAUGGCCACCAGCGUGUCGGCUGCACUUAAUGCCAAGAAGCAAUCGUGGGUGACGGAUGAGGAGUUUGGGGGAGCACCAGCUCCCUCUGCCACUCCCCGUGCUGCCUCCCCUGCCCCUCUUGCUGCUGCUCCUGCUGCCCCCUCGACCACCACCACUGCUGCUGCUCCUGCUGCUGCUGCAGCUGCUGCAUCGGCUGCUGCUCCUGCCACUGUCCCUGCUGCCAGCGCAGCUGCUUCGGCUGCUGGUGGUGGUGGUGGGAUUGGCAAGGGAGCUGCUGUUAUCCCUGCUGCUUCUGCUGCUGCUCCCUCUGCUCCGUCUAGUCGCCACCCCACGCCCCCCCCUUCACGCCGUUCCUCCAUGCCUCCCCCUUCCCCCGAACGCCCCGCCUCCAAGUCUCCCCUGAUCCAUGGCGGAAUGGGGGGACGGGAGGGGGAAGCGGGAGAGGGGAGAGAUGGGGAGAAGGAGAGAGGCAGGACAAUGGAAAAGGAACGAGAGAAGGUGAUGACGGUUAAGGGGGAAGAGGGUGGUGCUGUUGCUGGUGCUGCUGGUGGUUCGUCUUCCCGUGCUGCUGCUGCUGCUGAAGUCCUUAUAAAGGAGGAGCCAGUAGCGAGGACAGUGGGGCAGAUGGAAGGGAAAAGGGAGGAUAGGUGGGAGGAGGGGGAGCAAGCACCACCUGCGAAGCACAGGAAGGUGGAAGGAGGAGAGGGAGAGGGAGGGGGACGGGGAGGAGGAGGAGAGGCUGGAAGAGGGGGGGUGAGGGCAGGCAGCAAGCUCUCCCCUGAUGCUCCUCCCUUUGUGCCCGCUGCACUAAGAGGGGCAGGGGGUGGGGAGGAUGGGGGGAGGGUGAGAGAUGAAGAGGUGGAGGUGAAGGGAGGGAGGAGAGAUGAGGACGGGAGGGAGGGGAAGGAGAGGGAGAGGGAAAGGAGGGGGUCGGGUGGGGGUGGUAGGCAUGAGGAAAGGGCAGGGAGGGAGAGAGGAGGCGAGGAGGAGGGAGGGUUUGAAUCAGACAAAGGAAAGGGUGGGAAGUUGGGCGUGGGGGGUGAGGGGUCAAACCACAGGGAUAGCGUGGGUGUGGGUGUGGGUGGGUCUAGUAGGAGAGCGUAUGAGGAGAAAGAGGAGCAUGAAGCAGGGGAGGUGAGGGGGGAGGGUAGAGGGGAGGGCAGGUGGGAGGGCAGGGGAGGGCAUAAGAGGGGGAGUGAUGGGGUGGAGAGAGAGGGGGUGAGAGAUUUGGGUGAGAGGGGGAAGAGAGGAGAGUGGGAGGAUGGGGAGCAGGAUGUGCGUGGAGGGAGGGAUGAGAGGAGUGUGAAGAUUGAGAAAGAGGAUAUGAAGAGUAGGGAGAGGGAGAGGGAGAGGGAGGAGAGGGAUAAAGAUAAGUUGCGUGUGUUGGAUAGAGAAAGGGAGGCGGAGGCAGGGAAGGGGAAGGAGAGAGAAGGCAGAGAUAGGGAGAGGGAGAGGGACAGGGGGAAGGAGAGGGAGAGGGAGGACAAGGGACGGGACAGGGGACGAGGGGAGAGGGAGAAGGAUCGUGAAGUGGAGCGGGGGGAGGUGAAGGAAGGGCGGGAGAGGGACAAGGGACGUGAGAGGAACCAUGAGGAGGAAAGGGGGGAGAAGGAGAGGCAAAGGGAGAAGGAGAAGGAGAAGGAGAAGGAGAGGGAGCGAGUGCAGGAGGAAAAGAUGAGGGAGGAGAGGGAGAGGCUGAGGGCUCGGCUUGAGGAAGAUAUGAUGGUGAGAGAGAAGGAGAAGGAGAGGGAGAGGGAGAGAGAGAAGGAAAGGGAGAGGGAGAAGGAAAAGGAGAGGGAGAGGGAAAGGGAGAGGGAGCGGGGAGCAGGUAAGGAUAAGGGAAGGGAGCGAAGCAAGGCUGCUGCGGCGGCAGCUGUGGCUGCAGCUGCUGCGGCCACUGCUGGUCGGAGUGCUGGAGGGGGGUUGGGAGGAGGAGAUGGGGGUGGAGGAGGGGGGGGAAGUGGAGGAGAGAGAGGGCCUAGCAUGGCAGCCAGUCCUGCUAGAGUGACGGGAGGGGGGGCAGGAGGGGGAGGCGCAUCUGGUGUGAAGAGUCCAAAGGAAAUGGAAGGGGUGGAGGAGGGAGGGAGGGGUAGGGGAGGUAAGAGGAGUGUGAGCUCAUCAGAAGAAGGGGGAGGAGGGGCGGUGGCUGGGGGUGGUGGGGAACGGGGAGUUAAAAGAGCAAGGAGGAACGAUGGGGAGAUAGAGAGGGAGAGAGGCAGGGACGAGAAGAGGGAGAGGGAGAGGGAGCGUGAGAGGGGAGAGGAGACUCCGAGGGCGCAUGAGUGGGAGGGGAGAGGGGAAGGGAGAGGGGAGGGGAGAGGAGGGGAGCGGGGGAGCGGGGGUCGGGGAGGGGAGAAGGGAGAGUGGAGUGAGAGAGGCAGUGUGGAGCGGGGGAGGGGGAGAGAGGUGGAGGAUACAGGUAUUGUGGGUGAUGGGCGUGGGGAUGUGCAUGAGUGGGGGGAGAGGGUUGGUGUGCGUGAGAAGGGUGUGUCUGAUCGCAAAGGGGAGAGGGAGAAGGAGAAAGAAAGGGAGAAGGGGAGGGAGAGAGAGCGAGGGCAGGUUGAUAGCACCCCUGAGAGGGAGGUGAAGGAGGAGAGGGGUGGGGGGCGUGAGAGAGAAGCAGAGCACUUGAAGGAAAGGGACAGGGACUGGGACCAUGAGCGUUCAACUGUGAGGGAGAGACUGGGGGAGCGAGGGAGGGGUGGGAGGGAGAGGGGAGAGAGAGGAGAGAGGUUGGGUGGCAAGGAGGAGGAGCGGGGAGUGGAGCAGGAACGUGUGUAUGAGAAGGAACGUGGGGAGAGGGAGCGUGGUGAGAAGGGUGAGAAGGAGCGUGGAAUCUUCCCCGAGCGGAGCAUUGAGAGGGGAGGGGGGAUUCGUGUGGUGGUGAGGGAAGUGGGCGAGGAGGGGAGGGAGGAGGGGCAUGCGCAGAGGCAUGGAGCAGGGCAGGGGCUUCGUCACUCGCUUGUCGUUGGAGUAACUCCACCUGCCCCUGCUGGAAGACUCCUUCAUGAGCCUCUCGCCCUGCCUGCUCAGCUCGCUCCUACCAGCUCCUCAGCUGCUCUCCCUGCAAAGCGCAGGAAGAUCAAGCGGGAUCAGAGCCUCAUGCAGCCGCAUGGGGAUGCCAUGCAUUCGCCAGGCGGUGCCGGCCCGCCUGUGGCUGGCAUUGCAGCAGGUGGGCCGUCAGCCAUGCCCAUGCCGCUUGCUCCGCCGUUCCACUCAGGUGGGGUUCACCCAUCGUCUCGUUCCCCUGCUGUGGUAUUGGCGGCUGGGGGUGGGCAUCGUGGUGGGCCGAUGCUUCAUGUGACUUCAACGCUUGAUGACCGUGCGGACAGACGGUGGAUUGCUGACGGUGGUGGUGGUGGCGGAGGUGGGAGCAGGAGAAGUGGUGAGGUUGAGUUGCCGCCGCCUUCACGAGGGGCAGGGCCUGCUAGGAGCUCCAGACUUGCUGGCAGGCUUGGGGAUCAGGAUGUGGGAGGGAGCUACGAUCGUAGUGGUCCUGGUCAAGGAGGUGGAGUGCGAGAUGAGGCAUGGGACGGUGACAAGGCGCGACGGGAUGGUCGCAUGAGCAGCAGACGCCAUUGA